AAUAUGCAAAAGUUUAAGACAGAUUAACAGGUUUUCAGGAAACUUUGGCCGUUUAUAUUUGACAAAGGACAAAGUAGUGAAAGCGCUACGGCCUUAUGAGCUUUUUCAAUGGGAAGGGUAGGGCAUUUUUCUUCGGAAAUUUCACAGAAAGGAAGUCUUUUUGAAGUGAAAUGGAGUGAAAAAUACAACAUAUUGAGUGUAAUUAGCGAAACAGUAUAUCAUUCAUGUAUAACGAUGUCUUCUCUUAUUAAAAAUCGGUCAAAAGCAACUAUAAUGACCCUAGAUGAACUCUCCUGUAACACAAGGAAAGGGAUUACUUUUACGAAAUUAUGAAAAUUAUCUUCUCUUUCUAAAGCAUAAAUGCUUUCGGAUGAAAAGUAAGUUGUUUGUUUCUUGCUACUGUCGUCAAUUACUCUCAGUGAUAGGAAGGAACAAUUUAGAAUGAAUUAGUAACAAUUAUGUGAAUGCCGAGACAUAUAUAAAUUCGGGAAGUACUUCUCAAUGUCCCUGAAUCUAUCUUCUAACUCUUCUAUUUAAUCGUACUUCGUUCAAUCAUAGUUUACUCCUAUACCUGAGAAGAUUUAAAUUCUUCGUUCAAAUAGAGUGCUGCUGACAACUUCUGAAGAAAACACUCUGUUCUACAAACAUAAGUAGUUCAUUAAAACAAUCCUCUUCCGAGCAGAUCGGAUAUCUCGAGAGUUUUCUUUCAAGAGCCGUCGAAAAACAAUCACAAAUCGCUAAUUUAAUAUAUACUAAAAGCACCUAUAAAAUCUUCUCAUGGGAACUUACAAUUUUGUAAAUUCUAUAACUACGACAAGGAGCUCAGUUCACCUGUUCUGUUUUGUUUACAAAAUUGUAAACAAUCAAUUUGACAUGUUGUUACCCUCGGCAGGUAACAUAAAUUAACGGAGUCUUGUUUACUCGGUAAAUGGGAU